AUGUUUUCAGUUGUGAAAAGUCUCGUUCGGCCAGGAAAGUUUCUUGCACCAAUACCCAAUCGAGGAAUUAUCUCAGUCUUUGGAUCUCAAGCUUUCAGCUUUCUCAACGGGUUACUGUCAUCUUCUAUAGGCCCCCAAGACAACGGCUCGCAGUUCUCGGCCGUCUUGAAUGCACAGGGAAGAGUCCUCUACGAUGUCUUCCUCUAUCCAUCCACGAAUUCUGCCGGAAAACCUGGCUACUUCUUGGAAUAUGACAACCGAUUGUCUGAGGCUCCUCCACUGUUGUCUUACUUGAAACGUCAUAUCCUGCGAUCUAAAGUGCAAGUGAGGGACGUGUCGGAAGAUUAUACGCUAUGGGCCUCUUGGGGAGCGACGGAAGAUCAGGUCUGGGAAACUCAGAGGCAGUGGAGCUGGGCACGCAGCGGGGCCCUCGAGCCUGUUUGGGACAAUCCUACCUAUUCACCUUGGGGAACAGACGAAAACAUCAUUCAUGACAGGAGAGCUGUUGGGAUGGGUCGCCGCCAUCUCUUGAAGGCUGAUCAAGGCUCCAAGGUUUUACGAGACUACGAGACCGUUGACUCGGAAGCGUACCUCCUUCACCGCAUCAUCCACGGUGUUCCGGAAGGCAACAUGGACAUACCCGCAAUGACAGCAUUUCCAAUGGACUCUAAUCUUGACGCUAUGGGGGGAUUGGACUUUCGAAAAGGCUGCUACGUUGGUCAAGAGCUGACAGUGCGGACUUAUCAUACAGGCAUUAUUCGAAAACGAACCUUCCCCGUACUUUUGCACAAACCAGAUGAAAAUCCUGAAGAUAUAACCUCCCUCACUUCGCAUGCUUUUCCCUCAAAUAUCGAUAUACGGCCCUCGGUUAAAAGCAGAGGUGAUAUAUCACGGCCUAUUUCGCGACCUCGAGGAACAGGCAAACUUUUGAGCACAGCGCAAGGUGUUGGUUUGGCUCUUUUGCGUCUUGAACAUGUUGCUGGCGUCCAGAAUGGCGACCUCGACCUUCAGAUAGAGAUUCCUGAAGGAGGCCGGACAUCAAUGUGGUCAGUUUCACCAUGGUGGCCAAGUUGGUGGCCUCAAGAGCCAGCUUCUUCUAUUGAACAAAUGUAA